AUUUUAUGGAAGAGCUCAAAGACAGCGAUUUAAAUUAGAAUAAUCACUUAAGAAUAGAUACAUAACCUCAUUAACAAGAGUGCAACUAAUUUUUAUCAAAUUAUUGUGAUUUUUAAAGUCCAUUGAAAACAGAAUAGUCUAAUCUAGAAAUAAAGCCAAAGAAGGAAGUAUACACGAAUGAAGAAAUGAAGAAAUUUACUAAAUAAGGAAUUGUCUCCUUAGUAGGAGGAGUCUUAAUUCAUAUUGAACUAGGAACUUUCUAUGUUUGGGCUUCCAUAAGUAUAGUUUUAUUUUAGUAAGGUCCUUAUGUGGCUGCUUGGAUGAGAAUUAAAGAUACGACUAUUACUCAUACUUCCAUGUCCGCAGUAUACCCUAUAUUAGGAAUAAUAACUAUGUCAUUUUUGUCUUUUGGCAUAAAGAUAGCUGAAAGAGUGGGAUUCAAGUUUAUAAUUGGUUGUGGAUCAUUUAUAUUAGCAUUGGCAUUUUUAAUUAUUUCUUUUGUGUAAGACAUCUAAGUAUUCAUUGCGAUAUAUUGUAUAAUGGUUGGCAUAUCUGGUGGUUUGCUGCAUAUGCUUCCAAUUAUAUGUGGAUUAAGAUAUUUUCCGAAUAAAAGUGGAUUGGUAUCAGGUGUUAUUAUUGGAGGGUAUGGCUUUGGAUCUUUUAUAUUUAAUUUUGUAUGCAAAGCUAUAGCCAAUCCAAAUAAUGUCUAACCUUCUGUAGAAGUAAUCGAAGAUGGGAAGGUUGUUUUAUAUUUUGAUAGCGAAGUAGGAGAGAAGGUGCCUUUUAUGUUUCAAGUUUUAGCCAUAUCCUAUCUCGGUUUGGGUAUAAUAGGCACAUUAAUGAUAAGAUAUCCUAAAGAUAUAGAUCCUGAUAAAAUGUUGACAACCUUAGAAGCAUUAUAACCAAAAAAGAAUAAAUAAUUUGAGGACCAACUUCCUACUUGUAUAAUACCAAAUCGUAAAGAAUGCUAGAGUGUGUAAGGUUAUCUUUUUAUAUUAUUAGUACUAAUGGGAUUAAAAGCAAACCGUUUAUCUUACUCUAAUUGAUCGUUCUCAUGUCAUGCACACUUGGAAUGAUGAUAUCAAAUUGCUAUAAAUUUUAUGGCUUUGAACUUGGGUUUAAUGAUUCUCUAUUAACAGUCCUUGGAUCAGUAGGUGGAGUUAUGAAUGGUUCAUCAAGAUUUUUUUGGGUUACUUUAACAGAAAAAACUUCGUUUAAAUUCACCUUUACUAUCAUUUCAUUUCUAAAUUUAGCUUCAUCUUCAAUUUUACCUUACAAUACCAGUGGAAUUGGAUAUUUAUUAAUCAUAGGAGUUAUUUAUUUGGCUGAAGGAGGUUUGUUAGCAAUCUACCCUGUGGUAUGUGCUAAAAUAUUUGGAAAGAAAGUUGGAGGAGUGAUAAAUUAUUUCAUGUAUUUUAUGGUUGGAGUAAGUAACAUGAUUGGAUAUAUUUUAUAUGCAUUUGUUAGAAAUAGAAUUGGAUGGGAAGGUAUUUUCUGGGUUUGUUUUGCAAUUAACACUUUAGGAAUAAUUUUAGGAUUAUUCUUAAAGGAAAGUGGAUAUGAUUGGCAAGACCCUUAGAUAAGGCUAAAAGUACAAUCAGGACUCUAAAUGCAAGAUAAUAACAAAUAAUGAUUAGCAAUUACGAU